AUGGCCAGGCUUGUUAACGAAACUGGUAACGGGUCUGCGGAGGCUAAGCAUCCCGUAGAUGCUGUACAAACCGCCGACGGAAGCAAUUCCGUCAGUAAAAAGCGAAAGUUGGAAAACAAUUCCGCAGAACAAAGUACGAGCAAUUCCACCUCGGCGGCUGUUUCCGUUGAGUCUGUAACGGAGAAAAAUAAUUUAGAACCGAAGAAAAAAAAGAAGAAAAAAUCAAAGAAGAACAAAACGGUGAAUGGAGAGCCUGUGGUGCCGCAUUUAGUGACGACGGAAAACUGUCUUCAAAAACCUCUUAAAAUUGCGGAUUUGCAGGAAUUGCUGUUCUGGUGUAUCGCUGAUGGACCAUCUCCUUCGUGGAUUCUCGUACGAAACAAACAUCUCGUCGAGCGUGUUGUCACCGUCUUAAUUCCUGGUCUUGAACCUUCUUUAUUUGGUUUUGCUCCGAAACGUUCGGACAAGUCUUCGUUUUUGUUGCCCAAAAUGCUCAAUGGUUGCUGUCCUUCUGAAUUAUCGGAUUUUGUUAGCAUCUUUGAACGUGUAUGGCCAACUCGUUCGCCCGGUGACCGUUUCCGUGUUCAUUCGCCUAUCAACGCAUUUCUCCAGUCGCCCCUUCCUAAACAUGAGAAGGAACGGCGGGACAAGGCUGCCCGCAGUGCUGCUGUAUCCCAUUCUCCGUUGAACUACUUGAUGCCUUUGGAAGCCAUGUUGGCCGACGACUAUCCCCUGCACCCUACUUGUCCUGGGUCAACAGCGUUGCCUGAAGGAUGGGUUGCGUCUCAUGUCGGUUUUGAUACUGAGCUGCCCACAAAGCCUCAAAUACUUGGUCUGGAUUGCGAAAUGGUCAAAACAGAGGUCGGUUCUGAGCUUGCUCGUGUAACGCUGGUUGACAUGCAGCACAGGGUUGUUUACGAUGAAUUGGUAAUGCCCGAGGCACCCAUCAUUGAUUACGUUACCCAGUUUUCGGGUAUCACAGAGGAAAAAUUACGCAACGUUACAACGCGUCUGGCCGAUGUUCAACAAAAACUGUUGCGCAUGGUUGAUGCAAAUACCAUUCUUCUUGGACAUAGUCUAAAUUCCGAUCUUAACAGUCUUCACUUUGUGCAUCCAUACAUCAUUGACACAUCGCACAUUUACCAACACACACGAGGUCCUCCGUCCAAGCCGUCCUUGAAGUGGUUGACCCAAAAAUGGCUGAAGCGUGAAAUUCAAAAGACGGGAGUUGUGGGACACGACUCUGCUGAAGAUGCACUCGCGUGUAUUGACUUGCUAAAACUCAAGAUGCAACGUGGACCCGCAUUUGGUUUAUACAACCAAGACGUGGAGUCUGUUUUUACUCGUCUACAACGUCAGUCUCCAGUGUCGAGGUUGAGUGCUGUCGCUGACUAUGGUACUCCUGACUAUUGGCAUGGCAAGUAUACGAAUGCUACAGUCGCAUGCAAUACGGAUGAUGAAGUGAUAAAUGCUACGAUCACGCUAGCCGAUAAUCAUCAUUUUGUUUGGUCUCGACUCCGUGAACUUGAGUUUGCAGCUGAAUGGUCUACCCCUGCCGGCAAUAAAACAACAAACGGAGCGCCAGCAGAUUCUGAGUCGAACUCUUCCGAGACGCUGUCUCCCGCUGAAAGUCAUAUACCCAAUUCUACGAAUCAAGCCAUGCAAGAUCUGAACCGUAGAAUGCGUUUACUCUAUGAUUCUUUACCGAAAAACACUGUUCUUAUAGCCUACUCGGGCACAGGCAAUCCGGUUGAGAUGUCGCGGUUGAACUCUAUGCGUAUGCAAUUUCGGAAAGAGUUUCAAACGAAGAAAUGGGACGAGUGUUCUGUGCAAUGGACAGACAAAGAGGAAAGUCAAUUGCAAGCUGCCGUUGAGAGUGCACGGAAUGGUGUUUCAUUCAUUGCCUUAAAGUAG